AUGGGCGAUCAUGAAUUGAUGAUCAUGGUGGUAGGAGGUUUUGGAAUGCUUAGGAGAUUUGUGAAGUUGAGCCUUGUCUGGGUGCAAAUGGGCAGAAAGUGCUCACAUUGUGGAAACAUAGGACACAAUACAAGGACUUGCACCACUUAUAGAGGUACUGUUUUUGGUGGACUUAGGCUCUUUGGAGUGCGACUUGACAUAUCUUCUUCAUCUUCUGUUCCCAUGAAGAAAAGUCUCAGCAUGGAUUGUUUGCCUUCACCAAUAACCUCCUCACCUUCUCCAUCAUCUUCACUGUCUUCAUCUCGAGUUUCCAUCAAUGAUUCUGAUAAGACAUCUAUGGGUUCUCUCUCAGAUGGUCUCUUUGCUCAAGUCCACGAGAGGAAGAAGGGAGCCCCAUGGACAGAAGAGGAACACCGGACAUUUCUAAUUGGGCUUGAGAAGCUGGGAAAGGGUGACUGGAGGGGAAUCUCGAAAAACUUUGUGAUUUCAAGGACUCCAACCCAAGUUGCAAGUCAUGCUCAGAAGUAUUUUCUCCGGCAGGCUGGUCUCAACAAGAAGCAUAGGCGUUCCAGCCUCUUUGACAGGGUUGAGAAUAGCAAUCAAACAAACAAUGCCAACACGAUACGACCAUUCUUUACACAAUCCAACAGUGAAGAAAGUGAGUUCUCUCACCUGGUUCCCCUCCAUUCUGAGAUGAAAUCUCCAUUAGCAGCACUGCAAAUGAAGUCAAGUUCUCUGAAUGCAGCACUUGAUCUAGAGCUCACUCUAGGUGCUUCAAGUUCAAGGCCAAUGAAUCGAAGUAAAUCUUCCCCCAGUUCCCUGCUAAUUGGGCCUAUAUUACAAGAGAAAACGUAAAAUUACCAUUUUAAGAUUACUCCAAGCUCAAACGUAUAAAGUAAGAAGAGGCAGUGAUAGAAGGGCUAAAAUCAUUCAGGGAUGCUGCAUUAUGCUGGAAUUUAGAUCAAAAGACCCUUCAGGAAGUUGGUACCCAGGAAAAAGGGAACCAAAUGAUAGGGAAUAAGGAGGCAGAGGAUCUGUAUUAAUCUGGCUUAAUCCGGCAUUCAAUAGUGGUUUGUAUCCUGCUAACAGUUAAAGGGCGGGUUUUAGUACAAUAGUUAAAUUGCUCUAAUAUGAUCCAUCACAAAAAUAGUCUCUCCGCAAACAAAUAAUGUUUGUGCAUCAAACUCUCCUUAGACCCAUUAUUGAGAAGAGCCAUAUGCAGCUGACUACAUGUGAUCUAACCCUCCCUCGACACGGCAACCUUGUGUAGUAGACUGUCUUUUGUUCAUACCAGCUCACUAAUGUUCAGCAACAUCUUAAAGAGUAAGAUACUCAGAUGUUUGGCUUUUUACGUUCUUUUUCCUUUGACAUGUCCAUGCCUCUGCUUGACUCAAAAACUUGCAGCGACUGUGAUUGUUAAAAACAAGACUACAACUGAGUUCAUCCAUGAGGAAGCACAGACAAUGAGUGUAACUAAUAAUGGAUCUAUGUGCACAGAUAUAGACAAGAG